AUGGGGCAACCAGCGAGCAAUGAGCGCUCGGAGUUCGUCGAGAGGGAGCUUGACUGUGGGAAUAACCGGACAUGGCGCGUGUGCAAACACUGUCAUCGCGCCUACACUGUCCCUCAAAGGCCCGACGGGACGUACACUCUCCAAGAGCCCAAGAAGAUUAAAGGGAGGAUCGAGAAUAUCCGGGCUCAUCUAAAGCGUUGUCAGAAUUUCAUUGCUCAUGUUCAAUCCCGCGCCACGACUACGUCACCCACGGUUAUCAGUUCUACGAACGAAACGCCUGGACUUAACGCGGAAAAUACGGUGCCUUUACAAACUAGGACAAAAAGGCAGCUUCGUUUUGAGAACUUUUACCCUAGCUUCUCUCAAGAGGAAGAGCGCAAGUUGUUUGAGCAAGUUCUCUUGGAGUUACAGGCGGACAACAAUCUACCGGACACAUUUAUCGAGCGUAAAUCGACCUACCGUCUGCUACAUUUAGUACACAGCAUGACAAUCGACGUAGCGCCGGUGCCAAGCCGCAAGAAGUUGGGAGGGAAAGUACUGGCAGGAGCUUGUGAAGACGACGACACUGCGGCUCUAAAAGAAUGA